AUGGGAAAGUCUUUCGACCCUGCUAAGGACAUUGGCAGUCUGGAUGGCAAGGUCAUUCUAGUCACCGGUGGCAACGCCGGCUUGGGCAAACAGACCAUCGCAUACCUCGCCGCCCACAACCCCACGCGCAUCUACCUCGCCGCCCGUACCGAAUCCAAAGCCCGCGAUGCUAUCACCGACAUCAAGAACAGUGUGCCAAAUGCCUGCGAGAUCGUAUUCCUCCCGCUCGACCUGACGUCCUUCUCGUCCAUUGCCGACGCGGCAUCGUCAUUCAAGAGCCAGGAAUCGCGCCUCGACAUCUUGAUCAACAACGCUGGUAUCAUGGCCCCUCCAUACAGCACCACCAAUGAAGGAUAUGAGAUACAAUUCGGCACGAACCACAUGGGCCACGCGCUGCUCACGAAGCUCCUCAUCCCGACGAUGCUGGACACGGCGAAACAACCCGGCGCUGAUGUCAGAAUUGUGAAUCUGAGCAGUAUGGGCCACCAGAUGCCAGUAUCAAAGGGCAUUGAGUUCGACCAGCAAGCGCUCGAGAAGGAGAGUACCUGGCGUCGCUACGGCUCCUCGAAGUUGGCGAACAUACUCUUCGCUCGCUCCCUGGCGCUAGAGUACCCUACGAUAACAUCCGUCUCCCUGCACCCCGGUGUCAUUUUGACGGAUCUCUUCGACAACCUCCGCACAAACAUAUUCAUGAAGGUUGGCCUGUACAUCUACGGCAUCAUCGGCAUGAUACUGCCGGGUCACUACCAAGGUCCGGAAGGAGGCGCGUUGAACACGACUUGGUGUGCUACCACCACAAAAGACGAGCUGGAGAGUGGAGCAUAUUACAUGCCAGUGGGCAAGAAGAGUUCUGGCAGUUCAUUUGCGAGGGACGAGGGGCUGAGGAAGAAGUUGUGGGAGUAUACUGAGGCCGAAUUGCAAAAGCAUGGGUAUUGA